CUAAAAAUAAAGAAGACUGUUAGAAGAGAUUCUAACCUGAAAAUUUUUGAAUUUAUGUUUUAUUUUUUCAUCACAUGUGGUGUUAACCAUUUACACACGUGUUUUUACAAAUAAUAUUGCAAAUAGUAUUGUGUGUAAGACACAAAUAUAAACGAUCCACGAUAUCUACCACGCUACUACAUUUCGGUAUAACCUUAUAAUUAUAUUAUUUAGUGAAAUAACUUUAUAUGUGAAAAGUGAAACUCAAAAUGGUUUCUGCAAUUUCAAACGAUAAUUCCACUCCGAGUGAAUUUGAUCCGGAUAUGUUCAAUUUAUACUUACUAAAUGGACCUACUGAAGCAAAUUUAAGAGCUUUAAAUAAACUUUUAUCUACACCGAAAACAAGUAGGAAAGGUUUAGAAUUAUUAAAUUCUCUUCUGAAUUAUUGUACAAUUGAUAUGAUUAGCGAUUAUAUAAUUCUUUGGCUAGACUUUUGCUUAAAAGAAUCCAGUGAAAACUUUACAGAGAGUAAGCUAUUGUUAAUUAGCAAACUUAUUAAAAUAUCAUAUAAUAACAAUGAUGUAUCCAAGAAAAUUGUUUCGGAUUGUUUAUCAAAAAUAGUUGAUUUAUGCCUUAAACAAAGUAAUAAUUCCUAUGAAGUGUUAGCUGCACUAGAUGUUCUUGCAGUAAGCAUGAAGAGAUUUGGAAGUUGGUUUCCAAGUCACAAACUUCAGAUUGAAACAUAUAUAAUUUCUUUUUUGGAAAAUUCUUCGGCAGCUAUUGUUGAAAAAGCUGCAGCAGCUUUUUUAUUAUUACAACAAGUGGGAAAUGCAGGAAAUGAAGGUGUUCAUCAUAGAAAAAAUUUUCAAGAAUCUUUACAAAAGUUAUGCAAAACAUUUCAUGAUUUACUCGAUCAGUUUUUUGAAAAUAGGGUUGAUAUUAGCCAUAUAGACAGUAUAGAUAUACCUAAUCAUGAAGGCUUUCAUUUUGAUAACCAGCUGUUUGACACUCAGAUUAUGAUCACAGUAACUGCACAACGAAUUAAAAAUAUAUUAAUAUUCAUAACAGUAAUGAUAAAAAAUGGAUUUCCAGUUUGUAAAGAUAUAAGGCCUAUGGACAUACUAAAUGUAAUUAGUAGAGGAACAGUUCCACAUCAUUGUGUAAGUACAGCUACAGAUAAUUCUAAAGAAGAUUACCAGUUUUGUUCAAAUCUGAAUAGUAUCCAAGUACAGUUAAUACGCUUACUGAGAAUUUUUAUUAUAUGGUUAAAGAACCAUUCAUUCCCAUUUGCAUUUAUUAUUAGUAAAAUUCUAAUGGAUUGCCUUAAAAAAAGUCAAAACUGCAAGUGUUUUGAUUUAGAUGUGUACUAUCAAGAAACUAUUUAUCUGACUUUAAAAUGCUGGAUCAGUACCUCAAGAAGUGCAUUAAAUUCCUAUUUUCAAGAACAAUUAAUAGCUUGCAUCCUAAAAGACAUUUCACCAUUAAAGACUUCAGUCAGUUUAAAAAUACAAGCAGUUACAAAAAAGAAAGGUACCAUCCAGAGGAAUAUAACUGAACAUAACUCGAUGCCUAGCAGACAAGGAAACCAUUCCAUUGUUGAUAAAGGAGAACACAUGAAAGAAAGAGAGGAAAUUCGAUGUCAACUAGCACUAAAUACUUUAACAACUCUGUUUCAGUCUGGUUUCAUCCAGUUAGAAACGAGAACUACCCAGAAUAUUUAUACUUUAAUCUUCACAAUAUUUAAUGAUAUCAUUACUUCUGAGAUUCCACAUCCUUAUAGGAACCACAAAUGCCAGUUGAAUCUCCUUAAGCUGUUAGUUGCUUUCUACGAACAAGAUACAUUGAAAAAUUUACCACCUGUUUCUCUUUCUAUCAAUAUCCUUAAUAUUUACUCUUCCAAUAGUAAUAGCGACAUAGCUACAGUUUGUAAAAGAGGAUUAAAUAUUUUAGAAAAAAUAUGCCAGCCUGUUUCAGUUCCACUUAACACAUCAUCAUUUCUAACAGAUGUUAUGCAAUCUAAUCAUAGCACAAGUCAAGAAUCAAAUUUUAUGGAAUGUGUUGCAGACCUUACACUAGUGAGUACUGAUGAAUCUAAAGAUGAUGACAAGAAAUUAAAUCAUAAAAAUGAGAUCACCAUUUUGGAUAAUAGGCUACUACAUAUGGAUCUAGUACAAAUUAGUUCUUCAGCAGAAAAUGAAAGUGCUGGACCAUUAUCAACUAAUAGUGUAAUCGUAGGUGACUCUAGUAAUAAAUCUUCAGAAAGCUAUCAAAAUAAAUUAAUAAACGAAUCAAAUGACAUUAGUGAGUCUCAACAUGAAGCAGUGAAUAUUAGUGAUGAUGAACCAUUAGUUAAGAUGCCAAGAAUUAUUAGUGAAGAUGAUGAAGUGAAUAUAAAAGAAAUAUCUAAGAGUGAAAUUAAAGAUUCAGAAUUUCAAGAGUUAAAUUCUGCAUUUGUUGAUGAAGUUAAAGAUGAAGCGAAUUUAAUAGAAAUAUCUAAAAGUGACAUUAAAGAUUCAGAAUUUCAAGAGUUAAAUUCUGCAUUUGUUGAUGAAGUUAAAGAAUAUUAAUAUUUAAAUUUAAGAAGUAUUUUUCUGCCAUGUUAACAAAAUUACUUAUAUAUAUAGGUAUAUAGUUUAAUAGUUAUAGUUACAAUAAAGUACAAUAAUGGAAACCAAUUAUAUAAAAACAAGCACCUAGGUGAGAAUACCUGUAUGUGCUGACAAAAAUUAAAAUUUUAUUUUAACUACAUUCAAUGAAUUAUAAAGGAAAUAUUUUUUUUUUUUAAUAAAGAAUAAAACUUGAACAGUUUAUGCAAGAAACAGAAAAAAAAACUAUUUAAAAAAAAUCCAUGUAUUAAGUCCAUUAUUCUUGGAAUAUUCUGAUAAACUUUGCAUUAUUUUGGAAAAUGUAUAUUUUGCUAACUUUACAGAAUUUUUUAUAUUUGUUUAAUAAUUUUAUAUGAAGAGGUAGAGCGUUAUAGAACUUUGUCCCUAGAUAAUUUACACUGUUUUUAAAAACUCACUAUUUGGUUUUGGUACUCUAAUGCACAUAUUCGAUGCAGUUCUAGUGUUACGUCUAUGUUCUAAAGGGUUUUUUAAAAAUUCUUUUUUUUGUAUAUAACAACACACUGCGUGAAUAUAAAAACAUCUAACAUUGCUAAUUUUUUCAUUAUAUAAAGUUAUGGUGGGACACAAUCUAUCUCUUUUAUAUAUUAAUUUCAAGAUUUUGUUUUGAAUAACAUUUAACUGAUUUAAUAUAGUUCUAUACAGGCCUCCCCAUACUAAGAUUCUAUACCGUAGUAUAGAUUCUACUAGACUGUAGUAUAAUGUUAUUAGUAGAUCCUGGUUGAGA